CGUGAUCGUGACUGUAAUCGCGUUUUGGCCAGUUCCAGCCUCAUAUUCCAUAUAUCAGUCAAUGGAAUGCAACGCCUUUUCACCUCUAGCAACAGCUCAGCUACCAGCUGCUGCUCGCCUUUUAUCGUCGGCAUGCUGUCCUGAUAAAGAUCUGCUUCUUCUCGUAACCCGGAUAGCAGGACGCGAUCGAAUGAGUCUCUGGAAGGUCGGUGGUGCAAAAACUUGGGAGGUCGAUGUCGGCGCCAAUGGUGGGGGGAUUGUGGGCUUUGAUUGGAGUCCUGACGGUAUGUUUCCUUACCUGAAUGUUCUCGAAGGCCUUCCAGUGUAUAUCCCCUAGGCUAGGACAGAGCAUCGCGGUUGCUCAUGAUCCACCUUCCAUAACAAUACAUUCUAUUCAAGAUGGCCAUGAAGAACGUUCACUUCGUAUUGAGUGCCUCGUUAGAGAGGAUUUCAAACUCACCGGCGUGUGGUGGCGUUCGCAAGAGAAGUCCGUCCAGAUAUCCCCCGACAUUUUCAGAAGGAAUAAUGUAAUCACCGGGAGUGCUCACUCUAUUCUUCGAACGCUUCCAUUACUUGAUGGCCUACAAGACGACUCUCACCAAAUUAGUGCUACCGAUUUAUUUGCAUUUCAAGGCACGCAAACACACACAUCUCGACCUUCUGUCAUUCCGGACGUUAUGCGAUCAUGGCCUACUCUACAAACGGACCCCUUCACCGCAUCCAUUAAUGUAUCCUCUUCUACAAGAACCGCGGAAGAUGGUGUUGUGGAUGAAGUGGAUGAGACCAACGUCAACAGUCUUCUCACGGCCGCAGGAAGCAAUGGGGAUAUUCACUUCUUUCUCGAUGGCGCCUAUCCUAUAGGUGCUGUGGUUCUUGGUGCCAAAACUUCGAUUACGACACUAUUCAAAGAUCCAAAACUCCCCGUCAUUUACGUACACCCUCAGGUUUCAGUCGCGGCCAAAAACCUGACUGAUUUGCGGCCCACUAUAAUACACCUCCCGCUCCUAGAGCAGCGAGACGUCAGGGAUUUUGCAAAAUUGUCAACGACAGCCCGAGAGCUGGCUUGGUACAUUAUGCGCGUUAUUAAUGAGAUGCGCUCUGCUUGGAUGGGAUCUGAAACAUCAAGCGGUGCUCGUGAACUGGGCCCAAGAUGGCUUCGAGCACUAGUCACUAAACAACGAGAACAAUUUGGCCAGGAAAAUCCUCAACCUGUCUUGAACUUAACAACCUUACUUGUCACUGGUCGCGCUUCAGAGGCUCUCUCAGAUUUCCUCGGAAGUGGCGAGCAGAUGAGUGAGAGAGGAAUUCAAAAAUGGGAGUCCACUGUAACAGAAGCCCUCGUCAAAAUCCGUGACUACUCUGAAAAACGCUUAUCGCCGGCGUGCCAAUACCUCUAUGUAGUAUUGGAAGAAGUUAGUGGUUGGUCGAAGCUUCCCACUCUAUUCUCCUCGUUUCAAAUCCCGGGCGAAAUUGUGGAGCAAUCCUUAAUUCUACUGAAGCGUGGUAUCAUUCUUUCAAAUUGGCUGGCUGCUACUGCCCGUCGCGAGCUCAAUCGGUUCAAGGAGUUCAUCUCCUGGCUCAGAUUCGAGAUCGCUGCUGCAAAUCCUUCCAAUGAAACUCCUCCGCCGAUUCAACACGACAUCUUGGAAGUGAAUCAGUAUUUAAUGUCUGGCCUAGAGUCGAGUUCGAUCGAUAAAUGGUUCAUUGGGGUUGUACCAAGCUUCUCGCUGCAAGAACUAGGUAUUCCAUCUCAGGAUCUCCUCCUUUCUAGCACUUUACAGUACGCACGACAAACACUGGCUCAGCCGGACCAACUAGUAUGGCAUAUGAACACCGACCCAGCCGAAGUGACCGAAAUGGAUCGGAAUUUACAUGCUCUAGUGGAGGAUUUGAUCUCAAAAUGCCGCCUGCUAUUCGACCGUUCAACUGGAGCAGCAACGCGUGCUGCUACUGUCUCCUAUGGAAGCGGAUCUGCAAUUGGGAAAGAAAAUAUGUCAUCACCAACAUUACCAGAUAAUCGGAAUUGCCGAGAACGAGUCGUGUUUAAUCAAAGCAAGGGUGACUUUCAACAAUACUUCGCCGUCCACACGCCUUAUUCGGAAAAUCGGGCCUUUUUAUGCUUGCUGCGCCAUAGAUACGAAGAUAGCGGUCCAACGUUUCGAGUAGAUGUUGCCCUGCUCCAGUGUUGCACCGUCCAAGAUGAUGAGGCCUCAAUCAACAUGGAAAUAUUAGCAUUCGAAUUCUUUGACGAUCAUUGCAUGAUUAUUCUCUACAGAUUGCCUCCAGAUGGGGGAACCUUUAUCGGUACAGUCCAUUAUGAUGAUUUGGAGUAUCAAGAAUUGCGGUGGGAAUUUCACGUAACGCUACUGGUACGUGAGGAAUUGAUGGAAUGUGCGUUGCGUCGGUUGGAAGCUGGGGAGCUCGCCUUGACGCCUAUCCCGAUCAAACGGUGCCGUGCAUUAGAUGGUUAUAGGACUGGCACUGUGCAACUCGCAGUGAAUGGGCGAGUAGGUCGCCGAAUUGCGUGUGUCCUGGAUAACAAAGGGACGACGUUGGAGACAUUCGACAUGGAGGACGAUGAGAUUACCGAAGAAAGUAUGGAUGGCGAAAGAGAAUGACUCUGAAGCGGCAACAGGCAAGAAAAAGCAAUGCCAAAGUAGCCGAAAGACAUCUCCGGACACGCUCUAAAAUUCAGGAUCCAGUUGUCUCCAGCAGGCAACUAACCUUGAGAAGGAAAGAUGAAUAUGGCCGCGAGGCGUUGACUCGAGGAUUAGAUUUGAAUUGAAAGAGGUUUAUUUGGCAUUAUGUGUAACGUCCGUGGUGAAUGAAAGGAGAUAAGAACAAGCAAGCCCUGAGGCCUGAGGCUCUGGGGGACUCGAGGGUACACCGAAUGCUGGGCGUGG